AUGGCAACAAGAGUGGAAAUCAAUUCUGCUUUGGCGUCUUUGACGACAGUGCCUGACUUAAACGAGCUCAGGAGCCAGGAGAAACCACAGCGUGUGUAUGUCAGCGUGCUUUCAGAUGCCAGCAACAAGACAAAGGAGGCCUCAGCAUCACUGGCUCUUGAAGAGAACCAGAAGUUUGGGAGUGCUUUGAGGUCUGCAACCAUGCCAUCACUAGGGUCCAGGCCAAGGCUUUUCCCAAAGCCUUUCUCUAAAGAGAAACCUUCAGAUGCUUUUGCAAACGUCAAACCUCCCGUCCCAGCUUUCAGAUCAAGCAGUCUGCUUAGAAAGGCCCCUGAAGAAACAUCCUCUGCCAAGGGAUUGAGUGGAAACGUUCCUCCUUUGGUAGACCAGAGAGCGAUUGAAAGCGAGAAUAAGGCUGGUGGGGAAAUGGUCACCAAUGUGACUUUCUACACUGGUCCCACUGCCAACACUGUCAUUCUAUUCGAGGCAGCAGGCACAGAGCAGUCCAAGGUCAGCCUGGCCCAAGGGAAAAGGGCUGCUGAGGACUGCAAGGUGUUUAGUUCUGUGCACACAAAGGAGCUUCAGUGCACCACGAGGCUGGAGAAACCCUCUGACAUCUCCAAGAGUCCUGAAGGGUCUCUUCACAGGCAGGUAUCGUUUUGCUCCAGCCUUAGGCCGGUCACUUGGAACUCCCUCAAAACCAGUGAGAAAAAAGAUGCUCCCGAGCUUCACCCAGGGGAGAAAACCAACGAGGGUGUGAACAAUGGCAGCAGUAAGGUUGAUUUCUCUGCUGAUGUGCAGCAAAGGCCAAAACACAGACCGGUUUCUGCUAUUUUUCUGGAAUCCUUGCGAGAUCAAAAGCACCGCGCCAUGGAGGCUCCCGAGGAAAAAUCUCCUGCAGACAAAUCCUGGGCUAGAAAACCAAGACCGUUGUCCAUGGACCUCACAGCUAAGUUUGAACAGAAGGAUCCUCCUUCUUGCAAGAAGCCUUCUUCCCCUCACGAGAGCAAGGAGAACGUAGCAGCCAUUUCUUUGACUGAUGUGGGCUCUCACGAUCAGUCUGAAACAGGGCCAAAAAGUGAGGAAACGGAGUUGGCUAAAAGCAGUUCUUCUAAAACCAGUUUGAAGUGCAGCAGCCAGGAGGUAGGCAUCCUAAAUCACGGAAAAUACACCUGGGAAACAAAGCUUAAAUCUAAAAGUGAGCAAAGUGAGACAAAGCCAGAAGUAACAACUGACUUGUUUGGGUCUGAAAGAAGCCAGGAAAGCGCUGGUGAGAGUAGAACUACUAAGGGGGGAGAAAGAGCAGAGCAAAAGGAAACUUUUUUGCUUCUGGGCUCUGAAAGCCCUGCAGCUUCCUCAGAAAAAGAGAGUAACGUGCUGAGAGGCAGUGUCAAAAAACACAUUAGUCUGUUUACUUCAGAAAAUCCCAGUGCCCCAGUGGAUGCAGAGCUUCUCCCAUCAGCUGCUGAGAAGGAGAACAGAUGUGUGACCAUCCAGCAGAGAAUCAAAGAGCUGACGACAGAAGCCGCUGACGUGAAGCCAGGAAACCUCCGCAGGUCACUUCAGGCACGGCCGCUUUCUGCAGACUUAACCAAAAUGUUUUCAAGUCCAACGUCAAGCAGUGAAGCAAAGCCUGAGAAAUCUGCUGAGACCAGGAAUGACUCCACCAGUGAAAUGCAAGAAAAGCAAAAAAUCAAGCUGGCACCUGGCGCAGAUGUCACUGAAGCACACCCUGCUGGCAACCCGUGGAAAGGCCGGCAGGUGUUAAAGAUCACAAAUAAACCUGAUCCCAUAGAGAGGAGAGGAAGCUUCCUUGGGGAUGGGCAGCAUUUUCCUCAGCAGGGUGAAAAUUCUGCCUCAUUCACAAGCAACCUGGAAAAAAAACUAAAACCAAGCCCCCUGACGGAAAAACCCUGCGUUAAAACCGUCCGAGCCACCAUGUUUGACCACAAUGUUCAGAGGCACAACGUUGCUGCUGCUCAGCCUGGGACUGAUUCUGCACUGAAAACCAACAAUGAGCUGGAGGUGAAGCCUGAAGUGGUGACUUUGGGCCACACCAGGUGGUCCUGGAUGGGAGAUGUGCUUAUGAGCAAGUCUGUGUUGAGAGAACCUAAGGAUUUGUUCUCCAGUGAAUGCACUUUACCUGGGCAGAAGAAAGACUCUGAUAGGACUGAACCUGGUCACUUGGCAGUAGCUGAGAAAACACCUCAUCCCACAAGCAAAAGCAAAUGUUUGGGGGUGAAUGAGAAUGGGAGCAAAGUCCCUUCUGAAAUGAAAAGUGAUCAGGAUGAUGUCUCUUCCAUGGAGAAACGAGAGACGUCUAACAUGAUGGAAUGCUCUUCUGAGAAAAGGAGUUUUAAGCCAGGUGGGACAGAGAGCUCUGAGUUCAGAACCAACUUGGACUGGGAAAUUAUUUCAACAAGUGUGAAUAAACAUGUGGCCCAGUCUUCUGCAGUGCUCUCAAGUGGGCAGUUCUGUAAAUCUCCCAGUAGCCACCAUCCUGAUCCAAAAGUUCUGCUCAUCAAUAAAGAGGAAUCCAGGACCUUUAGUUUAAGGAAAAGUCUGGAGUUAAAUCACAAAGAGCAAGACUUUAGCUUAGAUAGACCAGCCCAUCAAAAAAACAGAGUAAUGGAUCCAGAAGAAAAACUCAGGAGAAGCAGAAGUAGUGUUUCUGACUUGAAGAUUUCUGAGAGGUGGAGGAGGAGGACCUUGCCUCAGGAUUCUGUCAAGACAGAAGAAGUUGUCUGGCUCGCUUCUGAAAACCUCAGGAGGAUGAGCCAGACAGAUUCACUGCAGCUGGAUGAAAGCUCAGUGAAAAAGAGAAGCAAAAAAGGCAAAGAAGGGCUGGAAGGCAAUGAGGCAACCCAAACCCUUCUUGGAAGUCCUGAUGAUGGCUUGAAAAAACAGAGCUCUGCCUUUGAGCCAAAGGCAACUUAUUAUGCAGUGACUUAUCAGCCCCCUAGUACCAAGAAAGAGAAAAGCUGUGCUGGUGCUCUAAGUGCAAGUGAAAUGAACUCAGGCUCAAGUGAGGGAGCAACAGUUAACCUGGACCCUGUUUUUCCUGGGAGGUCCAAAGCUUUGUUGCAGCAACCAGCUAAAAAUGUGACAAAUUCAAACUGCAGAGAAGACUCCAGGGAAGUGCAUUUUAGCAAGGAUCGGGUUAAAGAAGAUGAGAGAGAUGAUGUUUCUUCCAAAAGCCUUGCAUUUGGUAGUUUCCACAUGCCUAGGAAAGAUAACCAACAGCAUCAUGAAAGAGGUCUGGAUCAUUCUAAAGAGAGCAUUAUAGAUGUUGAUGCUUUCCUGUUGAAGCAGGAUCUGGAAAGUACAACUCCAAGUGACCUCAAAAGUAGCAGAAGAAGAGUCUCCUCUUAUCAUGAGCCCAGAUCCCCUCCACGUUUUGCACAGUCACAUAAAGACACUGAACUGGGCCCCCAGAAAAGGAGUGAACGUAGUUGUGAUUUAUCUGGGAGGAAGGCUGAGGAUGGAUACAGAUCCCAAAUUCUUGAUAUCGACGCGCUUAUGGCAGAGUAUAAAGAGGAAUCGGUGAAGGCCAGCAGCGUUCAAGACAAGCUCUCUGGAGAGCACAGUUCACUGAGUUGGGAGAAAUCAAAGAACAAAAGGAAUGUGUCAGAUAGGACGAGUUCAUCCUACAGCUGGAAAGAGUGGAAGGGCUCAGAUCACUCUUCUGUUACUAGCAAGCAAGGUGAUUGUGCGGGAGAGCCCCACAGACCCGAGAAGUUAAUUGUGACUGAAAAGAGCAAAGAGAAGCUGGAAUCGUGUAGCCCAGAAUUUGAGAAACAGAAGUGCAAAGACAGAAAGUUCAGCCCUCCUUACUGGGGAAAUCCCAGCAGCUUUUCUCCAGAGAAGCUUAUAAAUUCCCCUGUGGAGUUCACUCGCAAGAAGACUUUCAUCGUUGAUGAGGGUGAAGAGGUGAACCUGACGCCUAGGACUCAAAGCUCAAAGUUUGUGAUUGAGAAGGUCCAGCCUGUCAAGCUGGUUGGCACAGAGCACAGGUGGGAAGUUAAUUUUGCUUCCAAGUUGUCCAUAAAGACAGAUGAUGGCCACUCCCAGAAGAAGCUGGUCACAAAAGAACAGGUUUUGGAGGUGUCUCCAGAAGGCGACCGGAGCAAAAACGCGGCGAAGAGCUCUGUGAUGAGGAGCAAAGACAACGUGAAGAAGACAACCUCUGAGAGCGACUCUCCCGAUCCAAAGGGUAAAACUGACUGGAGGAGCUACACAGCUGCUUUAGGAGGUGCUCCCACGGAUUUGAGGCGGUCCUACUCGGAGAAAAUCCACCAAGGAAAAGGCAACCUGCUGCUCGUGCAAGAGGUGAGGGGAAGGAAGGAUCUGUACCGCUGCAGGCAGAGCCUGCCGCCGGAGAGCGCGGACAGCGGGUGGAAGCACAAGGUGUCCCCUCCCUCAGAGACCUUCUUCCAUGAGGACAAAAAGGCUUCUAGGAAAGAGUGGACCAAGCAGAGUUCAGACAGACCAGAAGGAACAGACUUUUCCUUGGCCUCUACUCUGAGGAGCCACCACAGCUUCUACAGGGAGAGAAAAGUGGACAAGAUCACAGACCAGCUGAAGCAGUGCUUCACCAGGCAGCCCCCAGGAGCGAAGGACACGGACACGCUGGUGCAGGAGCCCGACAGCCGCUACGGCACCUGGAACGAGCAGCGCCACAGCGGGGACAGCUUUGUGCCUGAAUCUCCCUCCUCCGAGAACGAUGUCCUUUCGACGAGGAAGCAGCCUCCAAGCAGCCACCCGUCCUCCCUGUCCUCUCAAGCAGAGCCUGCCUGCCUGCCUGACCACCAUGACUUCUCCAAAGACCAAAGGAGCACAAGCUUGGACCGUUCCAGCACUGACAUGGACUCUACUGAUGGGACUGAUUUACCUCCUCCAGGAGACACCUGCCCUGAUGAGAAGACCACAGACUUCUCUUUCAUUGAUCAAACAGCUGUCCUGGACUCCAGUGCGCUGAAGACUCGCGUCCAGCUCAGCAAGAAGAGACGCCGCCGGGUUCCCGUUUCCCACUCCCUGAGAAGAAGCAGGGGGCUGGAGUUUGAGAGCAGGUUUUCUUUGACAGAGGAGCCAGAUAAUGCCUGGAUGUUUAAGGAUUCCACAGAAGAGAAGACAACUAUGCAACAGGAGGAUUCUGAUGAAGAAGACAAGAUCCACCGGACCGGAAGGUCCUCAUCCCUACACGCUCAGAGGCUUCCCGUGUUUCCUGGGAUGGACCACUCUGUCCUCAAGGCCCAGCUAAGGAGAAGACACGAGGCUGAGAGUCCUGGUGAAAUAAGCUCUGCUCAGCUCUUCAAGUCCCCAAAAUCCCAGCUUGGAACUCCUGGUAGCAGAGUGCUGCCCUCCAGUGUGGAGAAGGAGGAGAGGUCAGAAGAAAAGUCUCCUCAGUGGCUGAAGGAGCUGAAAUCAAAGAAGAGACAGAGCCAUUAUGAGAAUCAGGUUUGAAAAGAUACUGAUGCUAACUAGAAGAAGAUAAAGAAGUUUAAC